UGUUAUUGUGCAGCGGUCAGCCGCCCCUGGCCUCCGGUGACCACAUCCAGGAGCAUUACCAGUUUGAGGGAACGUCUAUAUUUCGUGGAGGUGUGGGUGAUAAUUCAUCCCCGGCCGGGCUCGGACUAUGGCGGACGACGACAUUCUGUUUGAAGAUGUGUACGAGCUCUGCGAGGUCAUCGGGAAGGGUCCCUUCAGCGUGGUGAGGAGAUGCAUCAACAGGGACACGGGCCAGCAGUUUGCUGUCAAAAUCGUGGAUGUGGCCCAGUUCACUUCCAGCCCUGGUCUCAGCACAGAAGAUCUAAAGCGAGAGGCCAGCAUCUGCCACAUGCUGAAGCAUCCCCACAUCGUGGAGCUGCUGGAGACCUACAGCUCCGACGGCAUGCUCUACAUGGUGUUUGAAUUCAUGGACGGGGCAGACCUGUGCUUCGAGAUCGUGAAGAGGGCGGACGCUGGCUUCGUCUACAGCGAGGCAGUGGCCAGUCAUUACAUGAGGCAGAUCCUCGAGGCGCUGCGUUAUUGCCACGACAACAACAUCAUCCACAGAGACGUUAAGCCUCACUGCGUGCUGCUGGCGUCCAAAGAGAACUCGGCUCCCGUCAAACUGGGUGGGUUCGGCGUGGCCAUCCAGCUCGGAGAGUCCGGAUUGGUGGCAGGAGGGCGUGUGGGGACGCCCCACUUCAUGGCGCCGGAGGUGGUGAAGAGGGAGCCGUACGGGAAGCCUGUGGACGUGUGGGGCUGCGGGGUCAUCCUCUUCAUCCUGCUGUCGGGCUGCCUGCCCUUCUACGGCACCAAGGAGCGACUGUUCGAAGCCAUCUGCAGGGGCAAAUACAAGAUGAAUCCCCGUCAGUGGAACCACAUCUCAGAGAGCGCCAAGGAUCUGGUGAGGCGCAUGCUGAUGUUGGACCCAGCGGAGAGGAUCACCGUGUACGAGGCUCUGAACCAUCCCUGGCUCAAGGAGAGGGACCGGUACGCUUACAAAAUCCAUCUGCCAGAGACCGUGGAGCAGCUGAGGAAGUUCAAUGCCAGGCGGAAGCUCAAGGGAGCCGUGUUGGCGGCCGUGUCCAGUCACAAGUUCAACUCCUUCUACGGCGAUCCACCGGAGGAACUCAACGACUUCUCCGAAGACCCCACCUCCUCAGGACUUCUAGCAGCAGAACGCGCUGUGUCUCAAGUGCUGGACAGUUUAGAGGAGAUCCACGCUCUGACGGACUGCAGCGAGAAAGACCUCGACUUCCUCCACAGCGUUUUCCAGGACCAGCAUCUACACACGCUGCUCGACCUCUACGAUAAGAUCAACACCAAGUCGACGCCACAGAUCCGAAACCCCCCCAGUGAUGCGGUGCAAAGAGCCAAAGAGGUCCUGGAAGAGAUCGCCUGCUACCCGGAGAAGUACGAAGCUAAAGAGCUCAGACGGAUACUGACGCAGCCGCACUUCAUGGCGCUGCUGCAGGCCCACGACGUGGUCGCCCACGAGGUUUACAGUGACGAGGCUCUGCGGGUCACCCCUCCGCCCACCUCGCCCUACUUGAACGGAGACUCCCCGGAGAGUGCGAACGGAGACAUGGACCUGGAGAACGUCACCAGAGUCCGCCUGGUCCAGUUCCAGAAGAACACAGACGAACCCAUGGGCAUCACGCUGAAGAUGAACGACUCAAACCACUGCAUCGUGGCCAGGAUAAUGCACGGAGGAAUGAUCCACAGACAAGGAACGUUGCACGUUGGAGAUGAGAUCAGGGAAAUCAAUGGCAUCAGCGUGGCCAACCAGACUGUGGAGCAGCUGCAGAAAAUGCUGAGGGAAAUGCGAGGCAGCAUCACCUUUAAAAUCGUGCCCAGUUACCGGACGCAGGGCUCCUCGUGCGAGAAAGAGUCCCCCAGCACCUCCAGGCAGUCUCCUGCCAAUGGCCACUCCAGCAUUAACAGUUCUAUCUUGGACCUGCCGUCCACCAUCCAGCCCAAAGGUCGACAGAUGGGAUCCAGACCUCCCACAAAGGACAAAAUGUCCGUUAAGAUCUACGUGAGGGCCCAGUUCGAGUACGACCCCUCCAAAGACGAGCUCAUCCCCUGCAAGGAGGCCGGCAUCCGCUUCCGCGUGGGCGACAUCAUCCAGAUCAUCUCCAAGGACGACCACAACUGGUGGCAGGGCAAGCUAGAGAACACCAAGAACGGCACGGCGGGCCUCAUCCCGUCCCCCGAGCUGCAGGAGUGGCGGGUGGCGUGCAUCGCCAUGGAGAAGACCAAGCAGGAGCAGCAGGCCAGCUGCACCUGGUUCGGCAAGAAGAAGAAGCAGUACAAAGACAAGUAUCUGGCAAAGCACAAUGCAGUGUUUGAUCAACUAGACCUGGUCACGUAUGAGGAGGUGGUGAAGCUCCCUGCCUUCAAGAGGAAAACACUAGUUUUGUUGGGCGCUCACGGAGUGGGCAGGAGACACAUCAAGAACACGCUCAUAACCAAACACCCCGACAGAUUUGCCUACCCCAUCCCACACACAACCAGACCUCCAAAGAAGGACGAGGAGAACGGGAAGAACUACUACUUCGCCUCUCAUGACCAGAUGAUGCAGGACAUCAGCAACAACGAGUACCUGGAGUACGGCAGCCACGAGGACGCCAUGUACGGGACGCGGCUCGAGACCAUCCGCAAGAUCCACCAGCAGGGACUCGUGGCUAUAUUAGAUGUGGAACCUCAGGCGCUGAAGGUCCUGCGGACGGCAGAGUUUGCCCCAUAUGUCAUCUUCAUAGCAGCUCCAACCAUCACACCGGGCAUUAAUGAGGAUGAGUCGCUCCAGCGGCUGCAGAAAGAGUCGGAGAUCCUGCAGAAGACCUACGCCCACUGCUUCGACAUGACCAUCAUCAACAAUGAGAUUGACGAGACCAUCCGGCACCUGGAGGAGUCCAUGGACCUGGUGUGCACCUCCAGCCAAUGGGUUCCGGUGUCGUGGGUCUACUGACCCACUUCGCCUGCCUCUCCGGUCGCUCCUGCCAUGUCCGAUCUUCAGCAAACAGAAUCUAGGAGUUAAAAACAAACAAAAAAAAAGGGAUUGAGCUCCUUCUUGCUACUUUUGACCUAAGACUCCCUUCAGCGUACUGUGAAAGCAUCAGCAGCACUCACCUGAAUCGACCACGGUCUUGUAUAAAAUCAGAGAAAACCAAUACGUGAAUAUGGUCAUAUCUGUACUAGCUAGGAGGCUAGAUCUUUGUAGAUGUUUUGUUUUAAAGAGACAGUACUGUGUUCCCGUUCCUCCCAUGCCAGUGCGUUGCUUGCUCUCCAGACCUCCCAUCUCCCUGUGGUCCUGUUGGGUGUUGUGAACCACCUCCAGUGAGACACUGGCAGUGGCUACCUUAUCAAGAGACCGAAGUUAAAAGCACACAAAGCACACUGCAGCAUCUUCUCAUCCGUAGAUCGCAUCAGCAGCUCAGAAUCACUCAUCCGGUUUCGGUCCGAGUUGUUUCCCCUUCGUAGGCGCCCGGCACGGCUCCACGCCCAUCCAUCCAUCCGCCUGCCUGGUACUGUCUCUUCUAAAUGAAUCCACAAGUGUUUCAGACAUUAGGAUGAGGUUGUGAUGCAUGUGGACAUGUUUGAGCUUCCAUGCUGUCAGUCAGUCAGUGUUCCUCAUGUCCCUCCAUGAAUCUCCAUCAAACAAAAGCUGAAUUAAAAAAAAUACAAUUUCCCCCAACAUUCCUGCUCUUGGACAGACUUUGAAUUCCACAUGAAGAAGGAGCGAGACAAAAAAAAACAGAACCCAGAGCUGGACGUUGACGCGACGCCUAUGCACACCCUUGGAGUUUCAGGCGACAUUUCUAAACCACAGAUUUAUAAAGAGAUCAACCAUGUACAUGAGCCGUGUUUGUAAGAAAAGAAAAUCUAAUAAAAGUCUUGAUUUGUUUCUCUA